AGGGCCCGCCGUUUAGUGACAUCAAGCGGCCCGAGGAGGUGGUGGCGAUGGCGAUGAACGACAGCCUCAAAUUCGCCGUGCUGAUCGGCUUGAUCGAGGUGGGACAGGUGUCCAAUCGGGAGGUCGUCGACACCGUGCUACACCUGCUCGUAGGCGGUGAAUUCGACAUGGAGUUGAAUUUCGUGAUACAGGACGCACAGAACAUCAGGCAUAUGCUGGAGCUUCUCGACCAUUGCCCACCCAAUCUCCAGGCUGAAAUAUGGAGCGUCUUUAUUGCGAUUCUGAGAAAAAGUGUUAGAAAUUUACAAGCAUGUACGGAUGUGAGUCUCAUAGAACAUGUUCUGCAUCGAUUAUCUCGUGCGGAAACUGUUGUUGCCGAUUUGUUAAUCGAUAUGCUGGGAGUGCUAGCGAGCUAUAGCAUAACGGUAAAAGAAUUGAAGCUUUUGUUCGGUGCUAUGAAAUCCGUUAAAGGAAAGUGGCCACGGCAUUCGGCGAAACUAUUAAACGUCCUCCGCCAAAUGCCGCAGCGAAAUGGGCCAGACGUGUUUUUCAGUUUUCCCGGCAAGAAGGGAUCGGCAAUUGUUUUGCCGCCGCUUGCAAAGUGGCCGCACGAGAAUGGAUUUACCUUUACCACAUGGUUCCGUCUAGAUCCCAUCAACUCUGUUAAUAUCGAACGAGAAAAACCGUACCUCUACUGCUUUAAAACAAGUAAGGGAGUAGGAUACUCUGCACAUUUCGUAGGCAACUGCUUAGUCCUGACUUCAAUGAAAAUAAAAGGCAAGGGCUUCCAACAUUGUGUCAAAUACGAAUUUCAGCCACGAAAGUGGUAUAUGGUCGCGAUAGUGUAUAUAUACAAUAGGUGGACAAAAAGUGAAAUUAAGUGUUUGGUCAAUGGCCAGUUGGCGUCGAGUACAGAAAUGACAUGGCACGUUUCGACGAAUGACCCUUUUGACAAAUGUUACAUUGGAGCAACCCCCGAACUGGACGAAGAGCGCGUGUUUUGCGGACAAAUGAGUGCAAUAUAUUUAUUCAGCGAAGCGCUGACAACGCAUCAGAUAUGCGCGAUGCAUAGAUUGGGACCGGGAUAUAAGAGCCAGUUUCGUUUCGACAAUGAGUGCUACCUGAAUCUGCCUGACAAUCAUAAAAGGGUGAGUGAGCAGGAUCUCUCUACGAGCAUGGUGGACCAAAGUAUGCAAAUUGUACUUUACGACGGAAAAUUAUCGAAUGCAAUUGUGUUCAUGUACAAUCCAGUAGCGACAGAUUCGCAGCUUUGUCUACAGAGCGCACCGAAAGGCAAUGUCUCUUAUUUUGUACAUACACCGCACGCCCUCAUGCUACAGGAUGUCAAGGCAAUCAUAACACAUUCUAUUCACAGCACAUUAAACUCGAUAGGUGGUAUUCAAGUACUGUUCCCAUUAUUCUCCCAGCUGGAUAUGCCUUAUGACUGCAUAGCGCCGAACGACAUUAAGCGCGAUCCCACAUUAUGUUCGAAAUUGCUCGGGUUUAUUUGCGACUUGGUGGAGAGUUCUCAAACCGUUCAGCAACAUAUGGUACAAAACAGAGGAUUUUUGGUAAUAAGUUUUAUGCUACAGAAAGCCAGUCGAGAUCAUCUCACGACGGAAGUUCUUGCAUCUUUUUUGGAGCUUACGAAACAUUUAGUGACUUGUCUUAGCGCAAACAGUGAUUUAUUAUUGAAACAGUUGUUUUAUUUUUCAUUCCUAACAUGGCAGCUACUGGAUCACGUUCUUUUUAAUCCCGCUCUAUGGAUAUACACACCAGCGCCAGUACAAACACGGCUUUACUCGUACCUGGCUACAGAAUUUCUUAGCGACACGCAAAUUUAUUCCAAUGUGAGACGCGUAUCGACGGUUUUGCAAACCGUGCACACACUCAAAUACUAUUACUGGGUAGCUAAUCCUCGCGCCAAAAGUGGAAUAACACCGAAAGGACUCGAUGGUCCGCGACCGCAACAGAAGGACAUUCUUACAAUUCGUUCAUACAUUUUAUUAUUUUUAAAACAAUUGAUAAUGAUCGGUAACGGUGUAAAAGACGAUGAAUUACAGAGCAUACUUAAUUAUUUGACGACAAUGCACGAGGAUGAAAAUUUACAUGAUGUUUUACAAAUGCUGAUAUCUUUGAUGUCGGAACAUCCGUCAUCGAUGGUACCCGCAUUCGAUGCGAAACAAGGAGUACGAACGAUUUUCAAGCUUUUGGCAGCUGAAAGCCAGUUGAUACGUUUGCAAGCGUUAAAACUGCUAGGAUUCUUCCUCAGCCGCAGUACACAUAAACGAAAAUACGACGUCAUGAGCCCGCAUAAUCUGUACACGUUAUUGGCUGAAAGGCUCUUAUUGAAUGAGGAAACACUUUCAUUGCCGACAUACAAUGUUUUAUACGAGAUUAUGACUGAGCACAUCAGUCAACAAAUAUUGUAUGCCAGACAUCCUGAACCUGAAUCUCACUACCGUUUAGAAAAUCCGAUGAUCCUAAAGGUAGUGGCGACAUUAAUUCGACAAUCAAAGCAAACGGAGCAACUGCUAGAAGUAAAGAAACUAUUCCUGUCAGACAUGACGUUACUCUGUAAUAACAACCGGGAGAAUCGGCGAACAGUUUUGCAAAUGUCUGUGUGGCAGGAAUGGCUUAUUGCUAUGGCUUACAUCCAUCCCAAAAACACCGAAGAACAGAAGAUAUCAGAUAUGGUGUAUUCCUUAUUUCGUAUGCUUCUUCAUCACGCUAUCAAGCAUGAAUACGGUGGCUGGCGUGUUUGGGUUGAUACAUUGGCUAUCGUACAUUCUAAGGUAUCGUAUGAGGAAUUCAAGCUUCAGUUUGCCCAAAUGUACGAGCAUUACGAGCGACAGAGAUCCGAUAACAUUACGGAUCCUGAGCUAAGACAGCAGAGGCCGAUUAGCACAAUUUCCGGAUGGGAUCAACAGCAUUCCGGGAGUAACGGAUACAAUAGACCAGCGGUGUGGGGAAAUCAAAAUCACGAGAUACAACAUAUGGAAAGAAAUUACAAAGAGUUUGAUUCAUCCGAGGCAAAUGAUCGAUUGGAAGAAUCCUGCAGUUGCGAUCUUAAUUCAAUAGAUAAUACCGAAAGCGACGGUAGUCCGGCCAUCGUGAAAUCGCGCAGCGAAACCUUGGACACACUGCAAUCGUGUGAGGUAGUGUCAUUGGACUCGCGAUUGAGCGAUAAACCAGAAACACCAACUACCGCGCGUGAGACUCACACGGAGACACCAACGAUCCUUGAGGAAGCAAACAGCGAAGCCGUCUCGUUGCCAACUACGCAAGAAACCAGCGAAGUGAUAUCGAUUGAGAGCUCCAGCGACUUCUACAGUGAGGUGCACAAAAUCGAGAGUUCCAGUCCCGACUCGAUGAUAGUUCAAGACACUUUGAAAAAGGAAGAAGACACAGUUCUUGAGAAACAAUCUGUUGCUGUUACCGAAUCCUCUUCAACCGAACAGAUUAAGGAAACCACGGAAGUGACAGCUGUCGUCGAAUCGAAAAACUUGAAGGAAACUGUGACAGAUACAAAUAUUCCCGACACGGUUUCCACAACAGUGGACAAAGUUGAUAAUCCAUCGGUUGAGGAUAGGGAAGUGAAGGAGGAGAUUGCCAAGUCUGUCGAGGAGAAUAACGUUACGACCGAUGAUAGUAAUACGCCUACUAACACUGAAGAUUCCGACAAAACUGCAGCAGUAAUCGAAAAUGCGGCCGACUCUGUUGCUUUAAAAGCCGACGCCGACACUGAGGAAGAUACCGUGCCAAUUGUCCCUUCUGACGAAACGCGAGAACCGCUAACGGUUAAAGUUAUCGAGAAACUCCAAUUGGAGAACGACCGCGAAAUAAUUGAUAGCGAUACAUCAGAGGCGUACUUGACGCCAACUGAGAAUCAAGAAAUCUCGAGCGAGAUAAAAAGCAGAACGUCCGAAGGUGAGAAAAACGAUGAUGAGACUGUCGAGAAGAAGGACAUUUCCGAAGACAGGGACAUUACCACUGAGACUGGUGAGAACGACGCAGGGGAAACUGUAAAAAAUCCUAAUUGCUCAACUAGCAUAGUAGAAAGCGGUGAGGCUUGCGCGGAGAAGGCGGUAGAUCUAGGAAGCGAGAAGGUGGAGCCCGUAAUAGUGAAUAGUGCGUUAAGUAGUGAUGAACGCGCUGUGGAUUCUUUAACGGAGGACAAAAGUGCUGUUAUUAAUGAUAACGAAGACGCGAAGGUAAACGAGAAACACUCAAGGGAGCCGUCCACUAUUUCUACUAGCGUAAGUGAUAAUAAGUCAGACGUUCCGGUGACGACUGACGAGGUAGAAGUUACAGAUAGUGUUUGUAGUAAUAGCGACGUUCAAAGUUCUGUAGAUAAUAUGACGCAAGUGCCAAAUCCUAAGCAGCAAAUCCCAACAAUAUCUACGGUCUGUGAUGCAACUAAAAGUUUAUCCGACGGUGUGCCUCAAAUCGUUAGUUCUAAUGUGGUUGCCAGGGACAAUGCGUUAUUGAAUGACUUAACUCCAGAUCACGUAGAUACCCACCGCAGAUCCAGCCUGCCGAUCGUCACUUCGGAAACGAUCGCGGACGAUAACGGUCACGAGCCACCCUCCUUGCCUGUACCCUUACGAAAGACAUCGUCGCCCCAAAAACGACCAAGGAGUGCCUCUACGUCCACGCAGGUGGAUCCUAAUCAUUUCGCCAAAAGAUCAAAGCAAGGAAAUCCCUCCACGCGACCAAUGUUUAGUCCAGGCCCGACACGACCUCCCUUCAGAAUACCGGAAUUUAAAUGGUCAUACAUACACCAACGACUACUAUCGGACGUGCUAUUCUCUUUGGAAACAGACAUUCAAGUAUGGAGAAGUCACUCAACGAAGUCCGUAUUGGAUUUUGUGAACAGCAGUGAGAACGCGAUUUUCGUGGUGAAUACUGUUCAUCUAAUUUCGCAGUUAGCCGACAACCUUAUAAUAGCUUGCGGCGGUUUGCUGCCCUUAUUAGCGUCGGCCACUUCGCCAAAUAAUGAACUGGAUGUAAUCGAGCCAACUCAGGGGAUGCCAAUUGAAGUGGCAGUUUCUUUUUUGCAAAGACUAGUCAACAUGGCCGACGUACUUAUAUUCGCCAGUUCAUUAAACUUUGGAGAACUGGAAGCUGAGAAAAACAUGUCGAGUGGUGGCAUAUUGCGACAAUGUUUACGACUGGUCUGUACAUGUGCCGUUAGAAACUGCUUAGAGUGUAAAGAACGUGGCAGAUCGUACAGCAUGUUAGGUCGGCAGAUUGGUUCUAGUAAUAAAUCACAACAUAUACAAUCGCUUAUACGCGGGGCUCAGACAUCGCCUAAGAACAUCGUGGACAAUCUCACGCAUCAGUUAAGUCCUGUGAAGGAUCCCGAGAAAUUACUGCAAGAUAUGGACGUAAAUCGUUUGAGAGCUGUGAUAUACAGAGAUGUUGAAGAAACCAAGCAGGCACAGUUUCUGUCCCUUGCUAUAGUUUACUUCAUCUCUGUGUUGAUGGUCUCCAAAUAUCGCGACAUAUUGGAACCGCCAAUAUCGCAGCGCCCACCAAGUCCAGUGCAAACAAUACAGACAAAUGGUGCCGGUCUCAGGCCAGGUAGCCCUUCAGAUGGGAAUGGUGGUGGAGGAGGGCGGCCCUUAUUUCCACAGUGGUCUCACCACGUGUACCCACAGUUCCUCCCGGGAUCUCACCCUAACGCCAAUGCAAAUGUCAAUGCCAAUGCCAACCAUCACAUCAACCAGCACCACCACCAGCACCCGCUACCGGCUGCCAGGCACUCUAAUCGCCAGCCAUCCUCUAAUUAUUAUCUCCCGAAUCACCACAAUAAUCACUACAAUCAUCAUCCGAAUAACCAUAACUAUCAUCGCCAUCACCACUAUCAUCAUCACAAUAACAACAACCACCACCAUACGCUUCAAAAGCAUAUCGAUCAGCCCCGAAAUCUCUGUCAUAGAAACUCCGGUGUCGGUCUGCAAGGUAGUGGAGGUAUAAUGAGUCAAUCUGGCUCUCAGGAUGAUGGCGAGUAUGAAGUCAUCAUCGUCGACGAGAACAAUUCUUCAAUUUUGGCCGAUCAUGACGUCACAUCGUCUGGACCGCCGUCAACCAAGGGAGGUCACAGUGGUGUACCUCGGCCGCGGACUAUUCUCGAGGAUUACACCUCAUCAGAACCAACGCUUGGCACUUCUACAAGGUCCGAACCACUGCCACGAAAUCUGCAGAGCAAUGACUCCAGUGAGGAGACAGUACAUCGCAGCAAUAUCACUGCGGAUCCGAGUCCUUCUGAAGUUACCACCGACAACGAAAACAAGCACAAUUCUUCCGAAGAAGCCUGGACAGAUGUAAAUCUUAAUGAAGACGGUGAUACGAUGCCUAUUACAAAUCCAAGAGAAGAUCCGCGUAAUAUCCACAAUAUUGCACACUCGCGUGGUGACAUGCAAGACAGCGAAGGCAACGUUCUCGAACAAGAAAUGCUCGGCAACGCAGAACGUGGGGAGAAACCGUCGGCAGAAAUCUCUGUGGUGCGAGUUCCUGAUCGGUUGGUAGUAACCGCAGCAUCCCCGAGGGCCGAUGAAUUACCAAUCAAAGGUCUGGUUGAUCAUUUACCUGUACCAACACCUUCCCGCGAAGCCUCUCUCACGCAAAAGCUGGAAAUGGCUUUGGGUUCGGUUUGCCCCCUCCUUCGAGAGAUCAUGGUGGAUUUUGCUCCCUUCCUGUCCAAAACACUUGUUGGCUCCCAUGGUCAAGAGUUGUUAAUGGAAGGAAAAGGUACGAGCUGCAAGGGUUUAACCACAUUUAAGAACAGCAACUCCGUCGUGGAAUUGGUUAUGCUCCUCUGCUCUCAAGAAUGGCAAAACUCUCUGCAAAAGCACGCAGGUCUCGCUUUCAUCGAGCUCAUUAACGAAGGAAGGCUGCUAUCUCACGCGAUGAAGGAUCACAUAGUAAGAGUCGCAAACGAGGCAGAGUUCAUUUUAAACAGGAUGAGAGCGGAUGACGUGCUGAAGCAUGCUGACUUUGAGUCACAAUGCGCGCAAACGCUAUUGGACCGUCGGGAAGAAGAACGCAUGUGCGAUCAUCUAAUCACCGCAGCACGAAGACGUGAUAAUGUUAUCGCUAGCAGGCUUCUGGAGAAAGUCAGAAAUAUUUUGUCUAACAAGCACGGCGCAUGGGGAUACAUGGAUCCAAUGGCUGCAAAAUUAGCCGAAUACUGGAAACUGGAUGCUUGGGAGGAUGAUGCACGUAGACGUAAGCGUUUCGUGCACAAUCCACUAGGCUCGAGCCACCCCGAGGCUACUCUCAAGGCGGCUCUAGAACACGGUGCACCCGAGGAUGCGAUACUUCAAGCGCGUGAAGAGUUUCACGCGCAUCUCGCAGCCUCGCGUGCACACCAACAGCAAUUGCAGUCGGCGGAUCUUCUGGAUGACAGUGAAUUGCUAACGGACGACAGGGAUCUCGACAACGACUUGACAGGUCCAGUGAAUAUUAGCACGAAAGGCAAAUUAAUCGCACCCGGUAUCGUGGCGCCCGGCAUCAUUUCCGUUACAUCUACAGAGCUGUAUUUCGAGGUGGACGAGGAUGAUCCGGAGUUUAAAAAAAUCGACAGUGAGGUGCUGAAGUACUGUGACCAUUUGCACGGAAAAUGGUACUUUUCCGAAGUCCGCGCGAUCUUCUCCCGACGUUACUUGUUACAAAAUGUGGCCAUCGAAAUCUUCCUUGCAAGCAGAACUUCGAUCCUGUUCGCGUUCUCGGACCAAGCGACGGUGAAAAAGAUGAUCAAGGCGCUACCGCGAGUCGGUGUUGGCAUCAAGUACGGAAUACCCCAGACUAGACGAGCAUCUUUGAUGUCACCGCGACAGUUGAUGAGGAGUUCCAAUAUGACUCAAAAAUGGCAGCGUCGGGAAAUAUCCAAUUUUGAAUAUUUGAUGUUCCUGAACACAAUUGCUGGCCGCACGUACAAUGACUUGAAUCAAUAUCCUGUAUUUCCUUGGGUGUUAACGAACUAUGAAACGAAGGAACUCGAUCUUAGUUUGCCCAGCAAUUACAGAGAUUUGUCGAAGCCCAUUGGCGCAUUGAAUCCAAACAGGAGAGCUUACUUCGAGGAACGUUUCCAAAGUUGGGAACACGACACUAUACCACCCUUCCACUAUGGCACACAUUAUUCUACGGCGGCCUUUGUUUUAAAUUGGAUGAUACGCGUGGAACCAAUGACUACUAUGUUCUUGGCUUUGCAAGGCGGCAAAUUUGAUCACCCUAACAGACUAUUUUCAUCUAUCGCGCUCUCGUGGAAGAAUUGCCAACGUGAUACAUCCGACGUUAAGGAGCUGAUUCCGGAAUUCUUUUUCCUACCAGAAAUGUUAGUAAAUAGCAAUCGCUACCGUUUGGGUAGGCAGGAAGAUGGUAGCUCGGUCGGCGAUGUUGAAUUACCACCCUGGGCUUCGUCUCCCGAAGAGUUUAUACGUAUAAAUCGAAUGGCACUCGAGUCCGAAUUUGUGUCAUGUCAAUUACAUCAAUGGAUCGACCUGAUAUUCGGUUAUAAACAGAAAGGCCCGGAAGCCGUACGUGCAACCAACGUUUUCUACUAUUUAACGUACGAGGGUACCGUAGAACUGGACACAAUCACAGAUCCUAUGAUAAGAGAAGCUAUAGAAAACCAAAUUAGGAAUUUCGGACAAACGCCGUCGCAGCUUUUGAUGGAACCGCAUCCUCCGAGAAGCUCCGCGAUGCAUUUGUCGCCAAUGAUGUUCUCGAGUAUUCCGGACGACGUGUGCAUGACCAUCAAAUUUCCGUCUAACUCGCCGAUUUGUCACAUCUCGGCUAACACUUACCCUCAACUGCCACUGCCAUCGGUUGUGACGGUAACCACCGGACAGCAAUUUGCUGUUAAUCGGUGGAAUACCAAUUAUGCAGCCUCCGUGCAAUCUCCGAGUUAUGCAGAUACACCUCAGGCGCAGGCUGCCAAUCAGCCAUUAUCCAUGGAUCCUGUUCUCUCUCAAGCGGCAAACAGCUCAAAUCCAACGUUACAACGUCGACAUCUAGGCGACAAUUUUAGCCAGAAGCUUAAGAUUCGCAGCAAUUGCUUUGUUACCACUGUGGACAGCCGAUUUUUAGUGGCUUGCGGAUUUUGGGACAAUAGCUUCCGCGUUUUCUCCACCGAGACAGCAAAAAUCGUCCAGAUAGUGUUCGGUCAUUACGGAGUUGUUACUUGCUUGUCGCGCAGCGAGUGCAACAUUACUUCCGAUUGCUACAUUGCAUCCGGAAGUGCUGAUUGUACUGUCCUCCUUUGGCAUUGGAACGCAAGAACACAAACUAUCGUUGGUGAGGGUGAAGCACCGGCGCCACGUGCCACCCUUACAGGUCACGAACAGCCUGUGACGGCCGUCGUCAUAUCCGCCGAAUUGGGUUUGGUUGUCUCGGGAUCGCAUUACGGACCGGUACUCGUUCACACCACUUUUGGUGACCUUCUGAGGUCGCUCGAGGCGCCGAAUGGAUUUUCGUCCCCUGAAAACAUCGCUAUGUCACGCGAGGGCGUCAUCGUAGUAAACUAUGAACGUGGACACAUAGCGGCUUUCACUAUAAAUGGAAAACGUCUUCGUCACGAGUCUCAUAAUGACAAUUUACAGUGCUUACUACUAAGUAGAGACGGCGAGUACUUGAUGACUGGAGGUGACAAGGGUAUCGUUGAAGUUUGGCGAACUUUUAACCUUGCCCUACUUUAUGCAUUUCCCGCAUGCGAAAGCAGCGUGCGAUCCCUUGCACUAGCUCAUGAUCAAAAAUUUCUUCUAGCUGGUCUGGCAAACGGGUCCAUUGUGAUAUUCCACAUCGACUUUAACAGAUGGCAUCACGAGUUCCAGCAGCGUUACUGAAAUUACGACUUCCUCUUUGCCUAAGAAGGCAUGGCGCAUCCUAUAAAACAAACUCUUGCGCUUAACUUUCCAAGUACGACAAUUUCGAAUUUACAUGUAUUUUCUCGGAUAAACGACGCUUCGUUUGUUCAAUUUUCCGUGGAUCACUCACGAGUGUACCGAAUAUACGGGGGAACCAUAGUAUUUGCGCGACAUUUGUACGGGCCAGCUUCUCGUCAGACUAUCUUUAGAUUCGCCGCAAUUUAUGGUAUAUAAAGUAUAUUCAAUCAAUCGUUUUCGAAUUAGGUGCAACGAGCGGCAAUGAAAUAAAUGUGGUGCACUGCGAAUUUUAACGUUCAGCAAUAAACUCGCUUACAUGGCUGCGUGCAGUGCUUCCGUGAGAGAGGAGGUCGAGCGGAGCGUGAUACAGAGAGCGAGGUGCAAUCAGAGUUUCGGCCGUUUAUCCCGCGUAAUUGCCGAGUGGACGUCAAACCAUGUCGCAUGCUUGUAAAAGCGCGAAAAUUAUAUUACGUGCCGCUCGAAAACGCUAGUCAAUUAACGAAGACUCGGAUUUAUCUAUGUUCGCGAAUGUUCGCGCGAUUUCUUCUCACGCGGCGCGGAGAAAAAGGUAUGCUAUAACUGGAAAAGACAAUGAGCGCCGAAGAAAGAAACCGUGUCGACGAGACGGCGGAGCUGAACAUAUGUUAUUUUUAUGCCUGGAACUGCACGUGGAUUUGGCCCACGACACUCUAGCGUUAAAUGUCCAAUUGUAAAUACGGAAUAUGUAAUUCUUCACGUUAUACAUAUAUACAUACACACGUGCAUACACGCGCGCUUUAUUCCCUUCUAAUAUAGGGAUAUUAGAGGGGCCAAGGAAGUGAAAGGCGUGCAUUAUCGCGAGAGAUUUGCAUUCUAUUCUUCUCAGACGUAUUAAUGUCGCUCACGUCGAACCUUUUGGCUAAGCACCUUGUACGUUCAGUUCGGACUACACGCACGCGAACGCACUGCGUAAAUCACUGAUACCGCGGUAGCACCGGUAAAUGCUGCGCGGUAGACACAUCGCUAAUCAUUCUCCCGGCCGCGGUAUCAAUCUCCUACCCCUCAUCCCCCGCCGCCGCCGCCGCAACACUUUCUACACCCUGAUGUUCGCGUCCUUCGAAAGAGAUCCUAAUUUUUAUCAAAGCCGUCCAGCUUAACUUUUUGCGAGGAUAUUUCUUGGUAUUUUCGCACGCGACGUAUAUUAAUCAGCAAAGCAAGUUAUUUAGGCUAAAGUAACAUCCCGAAUUCAUCCUUAACAUUCCGCGAGUUGUCAAGGAUCGCGUUUAUGUAUGAAUGCAUCGGUGAUCCCUAGGAUGAUUCGAGUGAGUAGGAUAUAUGAGAGAUGAAAGAAAGAGAAAGAGAGAAAGAGAGUGAGAAAGCGUGAAAGUGAAUGUGAGAGUGAGAGAAUGAAGAAAAAAAGCAGACGUACAUUUUAACAGUCAACAACGAUGGGGAAGAAGAUGCUUGAUCACGUAUAGGCGGUAGAAUUACUAGCUUGAUUUUUGUUCGUACGUCAUCGUAGAACAAUGUGAUCGAUAGUCUUGUAGUAUUACUACAGAGUACUAUUGUCAUUUUGAGCCUUGUGCAUUUCACGAGCUAGUCUUAGACACAGGACGCCGCAUAAGUAUAGCCUUCAGUUGUUUGUACGUAUUCCGGAUAUAGCAUAUUGUCGUCAAUUUGAUUUUAAUCAUGUGUAAUGAGUAAUUACUUAAUGUAUCUAAGAAGACAGAGGGAUGGGGAAACGUUUUGUUGUCAUUACUUCGUAGCCGUGUGACAAUGAUAGUAUUUUCGUGGUCGCCAAUUAUCGUCAAGAUAGUUGUCGCACAAUCUUUGUAUAUGAAAGAAUGAAGAUGUAAGGACGCAGAGAUGAGAGAAUACGGAAAGAAAGUAGGAAAACAUAAAUAUAAGUCAUUCGAGGUGAAUCACAAAUUUUAGUUGACCGUCGCGAUGAUUUAAGAGGACGCUAUGAUUUUAUAAUACAUUAUAAUACAUUAUGUAAUUACAAUUCGCUUUUGCAUUUAUCAUUUGCUUUGCUUAAAACAAAAUACACGAUGUCUUCAAUUUUAGCAAAUGACGUUAUCAAUUAGCUAAAAAGUGAUCCGGAAGAAAUUCCGGAAUAUUAACGCGAGAGUAGUUAUCAAAGUUUUUUUAAAACGUAUAUAUAAUUCUUAAUAAUUUUCGACAUUUUAAACAAUUUUAUUUAUUAACAUUGUUUGAUUCUUGGUACAAUGGCAAGGAUUGAUUUCCCCGUACCUCGAUAUGUGUUCUAGUCAAGAAUUACCGUCGAAUCGCUGUCAUGAAUCACGAUCUGCGAUCCUCAACAAUUAGGUAUCGAUACAUUUAAAAAGAUAUGCCGUACCGUUUACGUGUAGUUGUAUAAAGUAAAUGCAUAACGCCGUCGUUUCUAGCAAUCAAUCACUUUGACCUUGCGAGAUCACGAUAGCGCUACGGUCAUAAUAUCGAUUCUUGCUGUGCACCGAACGAUCAGGCGGGCGACCCUCGCGAAUUGAUCAUCGGUAAUCGUACAAUUUUUAAAUGUAUAGGAGAAUGUUACGUGUGCAACGUGUUAAUAAUGGUGUAUUGCCACUCGUUAUGGGCGUGCUUCUGCAUGAUCGUUCGUGUCGUUUUGUUCGCGCGGAAAAAUGAAGGCAUGAAUGGCAGAGAAAGGAUAAAGAAGAGUGUGGGAUGAUACGGGUGAAACGCCGAAGGGUUGAGGGUUGUGUCUGAGUGCUUUCAACAAUAUCGCUAAUUUUCUUACGUACGGAAACGAAUUUUUGUGUCACGCGUGUAAAUGUUUACGUGUGUACUCGAUGUAUAGGCGCACUAUCGACACAUUAUUUUCGCUACGGUGAGAGAGAAAUAUGGGAAAGAGAAAACGAAAAAAAAAAGAAACACACGACAUUCCAUCUGCAUUUCCUGCUUUUAGCCGAUUUAUACAUACACAUAUAUAUAUAUAUAAAAUUGCAUUUGUUCACCUAGCUGUCUAGAUUGAUUGGGCUGAAGAACAAAGAUAAUUGGCAAAUCGCUUCUUGUUCAUAAAAAUCAUCAAGUUAAAAAGGGAUGUAGUUAAAUUGCGAAAUUUUGACGACGCGUGGUAGCACGUGUAUUCAACACGCAUUUUCGCAAUUAUUUAGUAGGCGCGAAGGCAGUGUAAUGGAUGAGAAUGCAUCGGGAUGACAAGAGGUCACAUAAGAGAGAGAAAAGUUUUUAUAUUUGUUUAUAGAUGUGUGAGAAUGUGCUGCACUCUUUAAGCAAAUUGUUAGUGAAUUCCCUCCAUAUUGCUAAUAUACAUAAAGGAAGUUAACUCAGAUCGAUUUCUGUCCGUACUUGAACAUUCAGUACAUAAAAAAAAAAAUAUUGCUACUAUUUUAAAUAACGCUAAGUACAACGCUACAAGAGUUUGCCUAUAUUAUUAUUACGAUUACGAUUUAUUGUCGUCAUUAUUAUUAAUAUUAUUAUUAUUAUACGAUUAUGGCUACAUUAACAUACUUAAUAUUGACGGCUACCUAUAUAGGAGCAUAGAUUUGUAUAUUCGUCGGAUAAGGCCCUUAAUGUUUGCGUGUUAAGUGAUAAUUUUAAUUAUCGACAUUACAAUUAUGAGGAGAAGAACAUAAUAAGAACUGUAAAGUUUUAUCCGGUUCAUCCGCUCCGCGAGCUGCCCGUAGAGAAGUACUUACAUCUAUAGAUUAAUUGACGCGUCUGUUUAUAAGAGUAAUCACGGGCGGGAACAGAAAAGGAAUAACAACGCUGCAAAACACGCGGCUAUAACACUCAAGCGCUUACUUAUUAGGCUCACGUUUAUCUACUUAAAGACCUGGUUUAAGUCUCUCAAAGUUAUACUUAAGAGCGACGCGGGAUAGUCAACAUAAAAUUUGUAGCGGGAAAGCUCAAUGGAGUGUGAAUCGACGUCUCGAGUCUAACGAGAGAGCUUUGUAGUCGAAAGCUUUCGUCGACGUGUAUGAUCGGUUUUUUUUUACAUCUACAUACGAAAGUCAAUAUACACGUAGCCGUAAAGUUGGAGCAGUCUCGAUCGCGCAGAUUCAAGGGAGCUCGUCGAGCAACGUUUGCACCAAUGUUUUAUAAGCACUGACUCGUUUUUUUUUCUACCUCGAUCUGACGCGACCCGAUCUUCGUGCGCGGAUCAUAGUAAGGCUCUUCCAAUUUGCGGAUCAUUGUUAAUCGCGCAAUUACAUCUCGUCAGGAUCGAGCCUCCCACCGACUGCGGGUGUCUUCGGUGAACAUCUUCGUCACUUCAUGAAUUGAAGCGAUUGAAGACAUGCGCGCGCAAACACAUGAGAGAAAGAGAGUGAGUACGACCAAACGAUUGUGUUCCGCGAACAAAAUGUAGUUAGUGGCCUAAUUGUUUUGCCGGUGGUGUUAAAGCGCGUCCGUGAGCGGUUCGACGCUCGAUCGAUGGAUGUAGGAUGACCGGGUGCAUCAUCGAAAGAGUCUCUCGACGCUUGUCUCGUAUUGAUUUCCGACGAAGCCAAACCGUAAUCACGGGCAUCUCGUCGUUGACAGGAAAUAAGCGGUACAGAUUAAUUCCCGCCACUUUUAAGGAAUACUACUAGGUAGAAAGGUACUUAAGUCGUUGCUACAUACCAGUAUAUAUAAGCUCUAUCGCUUAUUUUAUACUUAGAAGUAUUGUAAUGUUCGAUUAGAAGGUAACAUAAUGGGAAAGUUGUAUCUUAGCAUAAGGUAGAAUAAUCUGUAAAGAUAAGUAGUCAAAUAAAUGAAAAGUACAUUUGAUGUUGCA